UCCUACGCUCAAAAGUUGGAUUAUACGUAAUAUUGGAAAGAAGAAAUAUCAACCGAAAUAUUCACCAGAUUUAGUCUCGACCACAGGCGAUGCUUCGACUGUUUGUUGCCUUUAGAUUUAUAAUGAUACAUCGGAGUUUCAUCAACCGUUACGAAAAGACAUAAAAAUUUCUUCGAAUUGCGGUUAUGUGUGAUCCCAAGACCCAACACCGUGCUCGCAAAGCUCUUCCAUUAUAAAUACGUGCGUUGAUAGAAGAAAGUCUGCCACGCUAUCGUAAUACAAAGCUAUUAACUGCAAUACCGCGAACAUGGAUAUCCAGAACAUAUUAACUUCCGCUGCCAAUUCGGCGACCGGAAGUCUAAGCUGGUUCUUUCCCACCCUGGCCGCGGCUAUUGUCUAUUUUCAAUACGAGGUCAUGGAUCCGGAGUCCCUGCCGAUCAACGUGCCUUCGGAACUACUACUACCUUCUUAUGAUUUUAUUUUAUUAUUUGCUGGUGCAGGUGCGGUAGUCGCCAGUAGACUAAGCGAGAUAGAAAAUUGGAACGUUCUCCUAUUAGAGGCUGGAGGAGACGAAACUGAAAUUUCUGAUGUGCCGCUUCUCGCGGGAUAUUUACAAUUGAGUAAACUGGAUUGGAUGUAUAAAACCGAACCUCAAGGUGAUUCCUGUCUGGCCAUGGAGAACGGCAGGUGCAACUGGCCACGGGGCAAAGUCCUCGGCGGCUCGAGCGUCCUCAACUACAUGCUUUACCUGCGCGGUAAUAAGCGCGACUACGACGCCUGGGAGGAGGAGGGCAACUACGGCUGGGGAUCGGAGGAGGUGCUCCGGUACUUCAAAAAGUCCGAGGACAAUCAUAAUCCCUAUCUCACGCGGACGCCCUACCACUCGAAGGGCGGCUACCUCACGGUCCAGGAGGCGCCCUGGCAGACGCCCUUGGCCACGGCCUUCGUCAAGGCCGGGCAUCAGAUGGGCUACGAGAACCGCGACAUAAACGGCGAGUACCAAAGCGGCUUCAUGAUUGCCCAAGGCACCAUCCGACGUGGCAGUCGUUGCUCCACCUCCAAGGCCUUCCUCAGGCCGGCUAGACUUCGGAAGAACCUUCACAUUGCUAUGAACUCGCAUGUGACGAAGAUAUUGAUCGAUCCAGCAAGUAAACGUGCUUACGGAGUUGAAUUUAUGCGCGACGAAGUAGUCUACCGCAUUCGAGCUAAGAAAGAAAUUAUUUUAUCCGCUGGAGCCAUCAAUUCGCCUCAAAUUUUAAUGCUUUCGGGCGUUGGACGAAAGGAAGAUCUUAACAAAUUGGGAAUCCCGGUAAUCCAGAAUUUGUACGUCGGUGAGAAUCUGCAGGACCACGUAGGCGUGGGCGGUCUAACUUUCAUGGUAAAUCAACAAGUAUCGAUGGUCGAGAACCGGCUGCACAACAUUAACGCGGUACUGCAAUACGCGGUUUUCGGCACCGGACCUCUUACCGUCCUCGGUGGCGUCGAGGGUCUGGCUUUCGUCAACACCAAGUUUGCCAACGCCAGCCAGGACUUCCCCGACAUCGAGCUCCACUUCAUAUCGGGCUCCACGAACUCGGACGGCGGUCGCCAGAUCCGUAAGAUCCACGGCCUCACCAAGCGAUUUUACGACAGUGUCUUCGGCCACAUCAAUAACAAGGACGUCUGGAGCGUACUUCCGAUGCUCCUCAGACCGAAAAGCAAGGGCUACAUUAAGCUUCGUAGCAAAAAUCCUUUCGACCAUCCCCUCAUCUACCCCAAUUACUUCAAGGAUCCGCGCGACAUGGCGACCCUCGUCGAGGGCGUGAAGAUCGCCAUCGCCCUUAGCCGAACGGCCGCGUUUAGGAAGUACGGCAGUGAGAUGAAUUCCAAACCCUUCCCUGGCUGCACGCACCUACCGCUCUACACUGACCCCUACUGGGAGUGCAUGAUCAGGCACUACUCGGCCACGGUUUAUCAUCCCGUUGGCACCUGUAAAAUGGGGCCGUAUUGGGAUCCCGAGGCCGUUGUCGAUCCAAUGUUGAAAGUUUAUGGAUUAUCGGGCCUACGAGUCAUAGACGCAUCCAUCAUACCCAGUCACGUAAGCGGUAACACCAACGCCCCCGUUAUAAUGAUCGGGGAGAAGGGCGCCGACAUGAUCAAGGAAUUCUGGCUGAAGAAGAGAAGUGUCGGAUAAUGGUAUUUGCGAUCGGGCAUUUCUCGGAUUGGGAAUGAGAGAUUCGUCGUUAUCCGUAUGCGUGAAGAUUGAAUCAACUCACACUUUACGUCACGUGAAAUUGUCG